UGAGAAACCUGAGGUUGGAAAUCAGGUCAUACUGACACUUCAGAGAUUCCGCAAUUGGGCUAUUGAGCGUGGUAUGACACCAAUACUCCAUGCUGGCACACUGCUUGGUUGGUAUCGAGAAUGCGGUAUUAUACCAUAUACACACGAUAUCGACUUUACGGUCUUCAUCGAGGAAUACUAUAACAAAUUUCCUGAAGAUGUUAUGAAUAGUUCGUUUAUCAAACUUAGUCUGCGAUUCAACAGAGUGAGUUACAGCACAGCGUUGGUAUCAGUAAGAAAAGGACAAAUAAAUGAUGAAUUAAUUGGUUGA